GAAUAUACUAUCUAUAUACAUUGUCGAUAUUAAAAUAAUUUAAUGAAAGAUUACAAAUUGAUACUCAUACUAAAAGAUGAAUAUAAACUAGGUCAUAGGUUGUAACGAAAAAGAUGUAAUCAGAAUAAAUGAAGCUUCGCGUGGCUGCAUACGUUUGUGAAUAAUUUGUUCUUAGGUGAGAGGAACACUAGUCAGAAGAAUCGUGUGUAUUACGCGUUUCGUUUGUGGUUAUAAGAAUUGGCUGAUCGUGUAUCGAAUUGAAUAGCGAAUAAACACAACAGGCCCGACACGUUAAUUUCAAGCACGUGUAGACUUUGCAGACGUGAAAUUGAACAAUAUAUGCAAGUUCGGAAGUGCGAAUCAGCUAGGUGAUGCUGUAGCGAUCGGAAUAGGUGAUAAUUUGAUAGGGCGAGGUCUGGAGAAUACGCCGCGUGAGGAAAGAUUUCCCAGCCUAAGUUGGAGAUGAUUUUCAGGGUCGCUUUUGCCGUGUGUGACCGUGCGUUAUCAUGCAGCAGUAGUACCUGCCUCGUUCUACUACCAGUAAAUGCUCUGAAGAAAGCCGUGUAAGAAUCAAGCCUGAUGUCUAUAUGGUCAACCAGUACUGGGCGCAAUUCAGUGUUGGGCGGGGAAAACAGCGGCAGAGCAGUGCUUCCCUUCCUCCCUUCUCACUUGCCAAUCAACAUACACGUGGCGCACGCGCAUCUACGCAACUCUGACGAUCAUUGUUUUCAUAAACGAUAUCACAUUUAUCAGCAUCCAUUGGUUUUUGUCAUACGCGGGACUUUUGACAAGUUCUCCCAUUGGCACCAACAUUGCUAUCAAUCUCCGUCAACGAUGUCGCAAUCGGGAGAUGGCCUUCACACACCAGGUUAUUUGUCUUGGAGAAAACUGCAAUUAAGCCGUGCGAAACUCAAGGCAUCGAGUAAAACGUCAGCUCUACUUUCCGGUUUCGCUAUGGUCGCCAUGGUGGAGGUUCAAUUGAACUCUGAUACGAAGGUUCCCGGGGAGAUGUUAAUUGCCUUUGCCGUAUGCACGACCUUGCUGGUAGCUGUUCACAUGUUGGCACUAAUGAUAUCCACAUGCAUUCUACCUAACAUAGAAGCUGUCUGUAAUUUACACAGCAUAAGCCUCGUGCAUGAGUCGCCGCACGAGCGUCUACAUUGGUACAUUGAAGUAGCAUGGGCCUCCUCCACGUUGUUGGGACUAUUGCUGUUUCUGCUGGAGAUUGCAAUUCUCUGUUGGGUGAAGUUUUACGACUUCUCGCAAGCGGCUGCCUGGUCGGCUUGUAUAUUACUAAUACCAGUGUUGAUAAUCUUCCUCGCGUUCGCAAUACACUUCUAUCGAAGUCUCGUAGCGCAUAAGUACGAAGUUACGGUGUCCGGCAUACGAGAACUCGAAUUACUCAAAGAACAAAUUGAAUCCACAGAUGUGGAAGGCAGGAACGGUGUAAACACGCAGGCUGCUGGAGUGACGCAUAUAGUUUAAAUUGGUAUUUUCUCCCAGAAAGAACUCUGAGAUAAGGACGCUAUUGCGACAAGGUCGGCAAACAAGAUGUUUUUUAUGGCGAUAUUGAUAUUGAAGUUAUUCGCUAGGAAACUUUUUAGCUAGGAACCGUUUUAUGUAGUAGAACAAUUUACUUGAAAAAAAAAACAUGACAACCUGGUUACGUUUUGUAUUCAUCGCUUGAUGUCACUGUCACGUGUUGCAGUUGUUAGAACAUGGUUGUACUGACAAAAGAUAUUAUAGAUCUUCCUUACUUUUUUAUAUCAAACUAGGAAUGUCCAGUAGACAUGUGUUUUCUGUGAUGUAAAUUAACAUUAAGUGCAAUGAGAUUUCGCUCGUUAACGACAUACGUGAAUAUGUUAGAAGUGUUAUACCACUUUAUGCCAGUUUUAUCGAUCCAGUUCUUUUCCUUUGGAGCAGAGCUCGACAAAAUGUGCACUCUUCGCUCGAUUUCCAUCUCACCUACCGCUAUUCUUCUUCCAUCUUCUCUCGCGCACGGCCCAGAAACCGGUAACGUACGACGCGUGAAAAAAAAAUAACAUGAACAAUAAUAUCUCACACAUGACAUGUAAAGCUAUUGGAAAUAAGUUUACACUGACCGCGGGCGAAAAUGUCAAAAGAAUAGUGGUGGGCGGAACAAGUUGAAAAUCGAACGAAGAGUAUAGAUUUUGCCGAACUUCUUUAGAGAAAAAAUGGAGAAGAAGGAAGAGGGGGGAGAGAGAGAGAGAGAGAGAGAGAGA